GACAGUGAAACAGUGUAGCGUUUUCAUUUGCGGGUGAAGGCAAAACGCGCUUUUUCUUGUUUGGAUUUGUUCUAAUUUUCGGUACAUUUUACGCCCAAUCAACACGAAAAAAGUAGUUAAGUGCAUCGAUUUAGUGUAGCGGAAGUGCAUAAAAGUGUUUUUCCUCGUAAAAUAGUGUUGCUUAUCAUGCUAGAGGCUGCCAAACAGCAGGACUUUGAUAGCGUCAAGACGAACAACAAUAGCAACAGCAGCAGCAAUCAUGAUGAGUCGCAUCAUCGUCAUCAUCAAGGUCAGUCAGCGUCAUCAUCAGCAGAAACAGUUUCUCCGUCAGCAAAUCCAUCGUCGCCCGUAAAAGUGGAAGUGCUGGAGGAAGGAAGCACCAAAAGCAGCAGUUACGAUUUGGCACACUUCGAGCCAGUGCGUAUUCUGAACAACAACAGCACCCACAAGUCGGUUUCGUUGUUGGGACACUUCGCGAAUCUAUCGCGGGACGAUCUAGCCAUCGUUGUGUUGGAAAAGACGGCCUUCACCGAGGCUCAGCUGCGAAAUACGACGUCGAGUGAAAGUGAAUCGAAAAAUUCACCAACCACGACUGCAGAAGAAGCUGCUGGUGAGCGAAGAAGUAUCUUCUCGGCUAAAUCUCACCUGCGCACGGAAUUCAUCAACGAUAUCUACGGGAAUUUCCUGUGUGUAACCGACCCGGAAGUGAACCAACUGAAGGUGACGAUCGUCUACCCAGCGACGGAGAAGCAUAUUUCGAAAUAUUCUGCACACGCCCGAUAUCUGGUCGAGGAGACGGCGGACGACUAUCAGAGCGUGACGUUGCCCCACUUGGAGCAGGAACAGCUGAGUUUGGAGUGGUUGUACAACAUCCUCGAGCAUCGCAAGGAAAAGGACCGUAUCGUUUACGAGGACCCUUCGGAUAAGGUUGGCUUCAUCCUGUUGCCGGACUUGAAAUGGGACGGUAAAACCCUCGAACAGCUGUACCUCCUCGCCUUGGUUCGCCCAAAGGGCAUCAAAUCGCUGCGCGAUCUUACAGCGGCCCAUUUGCCACUGCUGCGAAACAUCAAAGAAGGUGGCACCAAAGCCAUCAAGGAGCGAUACGGAAUCGACUCCGACCACUUGAGGGUCUAUCUGCACUAUCAACCCUCGUUCUACCAUCUGCACGUGCAUUUCACGUACCUGAAACACGAUCCUCCGGGAAUUCAUUGCGAGAAGAGCCACCUACUAACGACGAUCAUUGAAAACCUGGAACUCGUGCCGGACUAUUACCAGAGAGUUACCCUUUCGUGUGUGCUCGGCGAAAACGAUAAAUUGUACGCUAAAUUGAAGGCAGCUAAGGAAGUCAAGCAAGACGCAGAAGAUCAACCCAAAGCCAAACGUACUAAAAUCGAAUAAUCGUUUUCAAAAAUCGAUCGUAUUUAUUAGCAGCAUUUCGUAGACAUAACAAAAAGCCAAUCACAAUCAAUCAGUAAAUAUAAAAUAUUGACGCAGUUAGGAAAAUGCCUGUGGGGAACAUUGACCGGGUGCUAAUAGAGCUCCGGCCACGGUUGCAAAGUGCCAACUUCUUCAUCUGCUUUAGUCGGCGCUUCGCCGAGAUUAAGACGACCAAAAUCGAUCUGGGCUCGGAUCGAAUUACCAUCAGCACCGAGAACAACGACGAACGGUAUGAAAUACGACUCGGAGAUUAUUUUAAGCUACACACACAAACGUUAAGCUCGCUGCUUAUCAAGAAUAACUAUAUUUGCUUUCGGAUUAACACCAACGAAAACAAGUUCCACUCCGAAGUGCUGGAAAUCAAUGAGUAUAAUGCCUGUACGGAUCUCAAGUUAGAAUGCGGGCUGCAGGCAGGAAAGGGUUACCGGCUAAUGUGCAGCAACUGUGGAAACCCUCUGAAAGACGAAACCGUUAGCUUUAGGCGCAUACUUGAGUUACCUUCGGAUCACAUGGACAGUAACGAAUGGUACUGUCAUCAGCAUUCGCAUGGCGAGGGAAAGGCAGACGAUACUCACGCCCACGCAGAGUGUUCCUCCUCAUCCACCAAAGCGCCCCACCCGAACAAAUUCUCCCCAACCGAAGUGGAUCUGUUCUACGGACCAUUCUAUGCACUGGUAGAUAGAAAACAUCUGGAAAGGGUUCAUCUCCGGGCGGAACGGUUCCUGUACUGUAAGCGGUGCUUGCAGUUUUUGGGCACCAUGAAGCGGAACGGUAGCGCCAAGCUGUGGUACGAAAACGUGCGAUUUAAGCCAGUGGGUGAGGACCAAUCCGAUGAGCUCAAUCCGACCGGACAGAGCCUCUUUUGCGUGGACCAAUCGUUACCGAACUUCCAGUAUCUAGUCCGCAAAACCGUGAAUGAUUUCAACUUCAUCUCGCAUUUGGGGCUUCCUCCGAUCUUCAAGCUGAUCUUUGAAAUGCGCCGACCCGGACUGGAUGGGGAUGUGUUCUACCUGUUGAUGCAAAUCAUGGACGCCAACUUGAAUGUGUUCAAAAUCCGCAAGGACCUGGAUGCGGAUUCGUCUGCAUCGGAUGAUCAAACCGAAGAACGUCAAGCCAAGGAAGGUGUAGAUGAGGAGGAUGACGAAGACGACGAGGUAUUUGUUCCGACGCAGAAGACUCAUCGCAACAUCCACCUAAACCGGCACAGGGUCAUGAAGGUGAUGUACAGGUAUGAAAAGUUUGAACAGCAGCCAAUCAUCAAUUUCUGGCUGCAGGACUAUAACGUAGUUAGUGUGGAAAUAUCGGAGCAAAUGUUUAAAACGGCGAUUCGAUAUCUGGAUAGCAAUUCGGACUACGUGCCCGAGUGCUAUAGGAACAAUUUGGGAUUCAAUUUGAGUUAUUUGGAUAUUACAUAGGUUAAAUUUCUCGGUUCAAUAGAAAAUUCUGGUUGUAAAUGUG